UUGUCAUUGCUCAGUCAAUUCCUAUUCUUACAAAGCACAACACUAAAUAAAUAUUGCAAGAGGUCGUGAGUGAAUUGUUGGGUUUAGUUAUAAGAAAGUCUGAAAAGAAUUGUUAUUGCUUAACGAUUAAAUAGUUUUCAUACAUUCACUUUGUUAAUGGUGUGUUUAUAUUGUGAGAGCAAAAUAAAUAAAUGCAUUUCCUAAGUGUCAUUUUAAUCGCCCCAGCUCUGCUUUGUGCUUACAAUGUGCAGGCCUACCGCUUCUUGGGCGUUCUUCAUAGCCGGAUAAAAUCACAUAAUAUCGUAGGCACAGCGCUGCUGAAGGAGUUAGCGCGUAGGGGUCAUCAUGUCACUGUCAUAUCGCCAUUUCCACUAAAAAAACCAAUGGAUAAUUAUGUUGACAUAGAAACAUAUCAACCGACACCAAUCGACUCGGCGGGAGGCCACGUUUUGCAAUCUCGUGCGAGCAGUAGAGCAGAAAGUGUAUUGAUUUUCCAAGCAAUGGGGCUUAAUAUGACGCGCACAUUCCUAGAAGAAAGCAAUCUUAAAGCACUACUUGCUGGUAAUCAGACCUUCGAUGCUGUUAUUUGUGAAGUUUUUCUCGCUGAGGCGCUCUAUGGACUAAGUGAACAUUACAAUGCGCCACUAAUAGGUCUAGGCACCUUCGGCGCAUAUCCCUGGAAUACGGAUAUGGUCGGCUCACCCAGCCCACCUUCGUAUGUGGCAAGCGCAUUUCUGUCAUUCAAUGAACGCAUGACACUGUGGCAACGUGUGUGCAACUUUGCAUUUGGCAUGUUUGAACGCUUGUCGCUCGAUCUCUAUUAUUUGCCAAAACAAGCAGCUAUAUAUAAGGAAUACUUUCCUAACAACAAACGUGAUAUGUACGAGGUGCGUCGCAGUGCUGCCUUAGUGCUACUCAAUCAGCAUGUCUCGCUGAGUUUCUCACGUCCUUACGUCCAUAAUCAGAUCGAAGUUGGUGGCAUGCACAUUAAUCGAAAACGCUCCCCACUACCAGCCGAUUUGGAACGAUUCAUCAAUGAAUCGGAACAUGGAGUCAUCUAUUUCUCAAUGGGGUCUUAUUUGCGUAGCGAGUUUUUGUCUUUGGAUAAACGUAAGGCAAUACUUGAAACAUUCCGUGGCUUGAAACAGCGUGUUCUUUGGAAAUUCGAAAAUCCAAAACUCGAAGGUAAACCGGAUAAUGUUUAUAUUAGUGAAUGGUUUCCACAGGACGACAUUUUGGCACAUCCGAAUGUAAAAUUCUUCAUUACGCAUGGCGGUUUACUCAGUACCACUGAGUCCAUUUAUCAUGGCAAGCCUUUUAUUGGCAUACCGAUCUUCGCCGAUCAGUUCCUCAAUAUGAAUCGCGCCGUAACUGGCGGCUAUGGUAUACGUGUAGAUUACGAUGGUUUUACGAAAGAGACAUUCCAGUCGGCCAUUGAGCGCAUGUUGAAUGAUGAGAGCUAUACGAAACGUGUAGCGGAUAUAUCAGCGCAAUAUCGCGAUCAGCCAACGAACCCAUUGGACUUGGCGGUCUAUUGGGUAGAAUAUGUGGUGAGGCAUAAGGGUGCAAGGCAUUUACACUGCGCCGGACAAGAUUUGAACUUCAUACAAUAUCAUAGUAUUGAUAGCAUGUUGAUCAUAUUUGGUGGUUUGUCUUUCGUGCUGCUGCUGAUCUUACUGCUGAUACGUUCUGUAUGGGAUUGGUUACAAUUUGUGCUUGCGCGAAAGGAUAUAAGGAAGAAGACUCUCUAAAUUAUUAUUAUUAUUUUAUUGACAUUCUAAAUUUUUACAGUAUUAGCGACUAAGGCCGUCAGCUUCUUAACAUAGACUCUCUAAAAUGUGAGAAUUACUUUAAGUUAUUUGUUGUUAAUGUUUAUGCAUUUGAUAAUAAAAUAUUUAGUAAUAAGAAAUAAGUAAAAAUAUUUGUCUAAGUAGUUGGAAAGUUCAAAGCAUAUUGAUGGAUGAUAUUGCUUCACCUAGUCACUCAUCAUUUUAGAAGAAGCAAGUUAAUGGCAUACUCCAAAAAAUUUUUGAAGUACCAUAAAUCGACUUGCUGAAUGGAAUGCAUAUAAAAGGUUUAUUUUCUCUUAUAUUAAAUACUUUAUAUGAAUUAAUAUAUUUUUGUGCGCACAUUUUCAUACCUACGAGUAACCGUAACGAGCACUCGAGAACAGAGCUGACUGUCAUAAUAAUAACUUUCUGUUAAAACAUAUAUUUUUGUUUCAAAUUUCAAAUUGUAUAAUCCUGUUUAUUUAGUGCGCAAAGUUUUUCCACCAACUGACAACCAAAGCCAUGCUGCAUAAUCAUCAAUCAGGCCAACCUGUGUGCCUUGCUUCCGCCGUCAUAUUUCAUUCGAAUUCAAAGCGCAAUGAGUCUACCGAACAGCACGGCUACGGGCAGAGGAAUUUGGCUACGAGCAUUACCAAAUAUCAAAAGUCUGGCCACAGUUGAUGCUGAAUGACCCCGGAAAGAGUCAGUGAAGCGUUUGAUUCGUAUUGACAGCAUAAUAUUUCGAGCGGCGAUUGUGCGGCGCUAUCGCUCUAAUAAAAAUGUAUUAAAGCAUUGAUUUUUAUUACACCCACAGGCAUUUGCUAUUUGCAUUCGCCUUAGUUGCUAUUGUUGUUCCAGCAAUUGUUCAUCUCAUCCACUUCAAGGCCAGAGUACUUUUCUAAAUAAUAUUUGCAUAUAAAUUCAAGCUCGGUUCUUUGCAUUGCUUUAUGGUGGAAUGGAUCGUGUGCCCGUGUGUCCGUGUGUGUUUUUGAUUAUAAAAUCUGAAAAUCAAUAUUAAAAGUGUAGUUUCCUUUAAAUUAUUGCACGCAUGAGUGAAAUGAAAUUAUUAGAAACCAUGGGUGUGUAAAAAAAACUAUUUUUAAUUUGAAAUAAAUAUAUGUAUAAAAAAUUGUUUAAUUAUAUAACGUAAUGUUGUUGUGCUCUCAGCCGCUAUUUAUGAAGCCGCUUAAGUUCGGCAAAAGUAUGACUUAAGAAAAUUUUGUAACAGAUGUCCGAGAUGUGUAUAUUUAUGUGUAUUUUAGGAAAGAGGUUACCAAAAUAGAAGAAAUACUAUUUUUCUA